AUGUAUGCAAACUAUCACAACCGCAGCAGACGCAAUGCUCGCGGUGCUGGCUGGCACAAGAGAGGCUACCGCGACAACGGCUGCAUGUGGAUCAACGUCCGCCGUGGCUCCUACUAUGGGCACAUCCGCGGUCAGGACGUCAACGACUCUUCUACCAUCUCCGAGUUCUGGAACGAUGUCGUUCGCGGGGUCAUGAUGGAGGACGGCUUCCCCAUCCCGGCGGACUGGAGCGUCGGACUGUACAGCAAUAAGCGGCUCAUCGAGCUUUCGGAGGCCCGUAUUGACACCAUCUUUGACGGUGGGGAAAAUGUCAUCGUCAAGUUUUACGACGAAAACGAUGACGAGCGUGUGUACGACUUUGGGACGUCCACUUGGGAAUACCAUGUCCCUGGAAAGCGCUACUAG